UAAGACUGCAGUGAAACUUUUCUAGUUUAAUUUAGCAGGUUGCUGCUUUUCAAAGACCAACGUGAUGCUUCAGUCUGUUAUGAGGUUGUUCUAUAUCAGCCUUUUCCUCUUAUACUUUGGAGCCUGUGUUCCACUUAAAAAAAGUGAAACUUCUCUCGGCUCUGGCUUCAGUUAUUCCAGUCCUGGGUUUGGCUCUGACUACUCGGGACGCGGUUCUUCCAUUUUUGGUUAUGACUCUCGUGGCGAUUUUGGUUCCGGCUCGCCGAGAAAGCAGGCUGCAGGCUUUGAUCGUUUCAUUGCAGAAAUCUUGAGCCUGAGACCUUCUCGUUCUUUCCCACGCCGUGCCUGGACCUCCAACCAGGUGCCUCUCGGCAUGGUUGAGCCACGCCCCGUGUUCCCUUCAUCCCACGUUGUCAGAACGAGCAAUGGCUACCAGCGAGCUCGGGACUUCCGGAGUGAUGCCAAGUACGCUCAGGAUAUUUUUGACCACAUAGAUGAGGACGGUCAACAAGAAGGCCACCAAGCGACUGGACCAACGGGUCAAAAGACCUACUGAGGUAAAGGUGAAGAAUCUACUACCUGGACAGACAUACAUACAAACAAACAAAUAAAUGUUAAUCUGUCU